AUGCCGACCGAGAAAGCAGUAGGAUCAGUGAAAUACGCCACGGCACCCGAAGACAGACUUUCCGAUAAACAUGGAACUGUGCAGGAUAAGACGGACAUGUGGCGUGUAGGCAGGGACCAAGAGUUGAAUCGAAACUUUCGGUUUAUAUCUGUCCUCGGUUUCAGUGCGGUGCUGAUGUGCACUUGGGAAGCAGUACUCUUUGGCUCUUCGAAUGGCUUGACAAAUGGCGGAAAGGGGGGUAUGAUAUACACCUACCUUGGAGGUCUGAUAGGAUUCAGCUUUGUGAUUCUCUCGAUGGCGGAGAUGGCUUCGAUGGCACCCACGUCCGGCGGCCAAUAUCAUUGGGUAUCGGAGUUCGCACCGCGGAGUUGUCAAAAGCCCUUGAGCUACAUCACUGGGUGGGUGUGCGUGUUAGGCUGGCAUACUGGGAUCGCCGGCUGUUCAUACACGGUAGCCAACAUGUUGGUGGGUGUGAUUGCCAUCAACUACCCCGAUUCAUAUACGUAUAAGCCAUGGCAUGUCACCCUGUUAGUUAUCGCAGUAGCAGUGGUCGCGUUGGUAUUUAAUACAUUCCUAGCCCAAAAGCUACCCUUGAUCGAGGGAGUUAUCCUGGUUGUCCAUUGUUUUGGUUUCUUUGGCAUCCUAAUUCCCCUGUGGGUCUUGUCACCUUCAGUACCACCCUCCGAAGUAUUUGGAUCCAUUGAGGAUCGCGGGGGGUGGGAUAACAAUGGCUUGUCGUGCUUAGUAGGACUAGUUGUGCCGAUAUAUGCAUUAAUUGGCCCCGACUCAGCUGUUCACAUGUCCGAAGAAAUCCAGGAUGCGUCUCGCGUACUUCCGCGAGGAAUGAUCUGGACCCUUAUUCUAAACGGCGCGACGGGGUUCGUCAUGAUUGUAACUUAUGCAUUCUGCGUGGGAAACAUCGACGAAGUGUUGGAGUCUCAGACAGGCUUCCCGUUUAUCCAAGUUUUCUUAAACUCCACCGGAUCUGUGAAAGCCGCAACUGGUAUGACCCUCGUAAUUAUGGUCAUGCAGUUCUGCGCUGCCAUCAGCAACGUUGCGACGACAUCCCGGCAGGUCUAUGCCUUCGCCCGCGACCAAGGCCUCCCAUUUUCAGGUAUCCUGUGUCAGAUAAACCCCACCUUCACCGUUCCACUCAACGCCUUAUUCCUCAGCCUUAUCAUCGUGUCUCUCCUCUCACUGAUCAACAUCGGCUCAUCCGUAGCCUUCAAUGCCAUCAUGUCCUUGGGAACCGCGGCUCUCCUCUCGUCGUACAUCAUUUCGAUUAGCUGCGUCCGCCUCCGCCGAUGGAGGAACCAACCCCUGCCUCCAGCACGCUGGAGCAUGGGCAAAUUCACCCCGGUUGUCGACACCAUUUCGAUUCUUGUCUUAAUCGUCAUUUUCGUGUUUAGUUUCUUCCCAGUCACGCGUCAUGUCACUGCACAGUCAAUGAACUGGAGUAUCGUCAUAUUUAGUGGCGUGACUCUCUUUGCCAUGGCGUACUACCACGCUUACGCGCGGAAGGUGUAUAAAGGACCGGUUGUACGGGUAAGAGCGGUCGAAUGA